UGCCCUGAAGUCCCAAGCAGAACUGACCACUGAAAGGAAGAGUAGGAAAAUAUUCCUGUACUACAAUACAAUAUUUCAUGCCUGAGUAAACAUCCAAGAGAUAUCUCAACUGAGUAAAGCUUGCAAGAAAUGAUUUGACCUGUAAUGGAUGAACACUUCUGUGAAACUGCCAGAGGACUUCAUUACGGGGCACUUGGUGUCUCUGCUCUCUCCUACCUGUGGCAAAGUCCGAAAUGAACCACACUUGGACAUACAACUUAAGCUUUGGUGCUCCUACAGAACUUGAAGAGCCAAGGGCUGGACUCUCACGAAAUGGGCACACAAUAGUGGCUGUUUUUCUUGGAUUUAUCUUGUUUUUUGGUUUCUUGAAUAACUUGAUUGUCCUCAUCCUCUUCUGCAAGUUUAAAACCCUCCGUAACCCAGUCAACAUGCUCCUCCUGAAUAUCAGUAUCAGUGACAUGUUAGUGUGCAUCUCAGGCACUACCCUCAGUUUUGCAUCUAACAUCCAUGGCAAAUGGAUUGGAGGCGAGCAUGGUUGCAGGUGGUAUGGAUUUGUCAAUUCCUGCUUUGGCAUUGUGUCCCUGAUCUCUCUGGCUGUCCUGUCCUAUGAACGCUAUAGCACCCUUACCCUAUGUAACAAGCGUAGUGCUGACUACCGGAAGGCACUGCUGGCGGUUGGAGGUUCAUGGAUUUAUUCAUUGGUCUGGACCGUGCCACCUCUGAUUGGAUGGAGCAGUUACGGGAUAGAAGGUGCAGGUACCAGCUGUUCGGUGCGCUGGUCCUCUGAGACAGCUGAGUCCACAUCCUAUAUCAUCUGUCUCUUCAUAUUCUGCUUGGUCAUCCCUGUAAUGGUCAUGAUGUACUGCUAUGGUCGCCUCCUUUAUGCUGUCAAACAGGUUGGAAAAAUCCACAAGAACACUGCCCGCAAAAGAGAAUACCAUGUACUGUUCAUGGUGAUCACUACUGUUAUCUGUUAUCUCGUGUGCUGGAUUCCCUAUGGAGUUAUAGCACUACUUGCAACAUUUGGUAAGCCAGGUGUGGUGACUCCAGUUGCAAGCAUCAUACCUUCCAUCUUAGCAAAAAGCAGCACUGUUUGCAAUCCCAUUAUCUACAUACUUAUGAACAAGCAGUUUUACAAAUGCUUUCGUCUACUUUUCCACUGUCAACAUCCUUCCUCCACUGAUAGAGAGCCCACCUGCCACUCUAAGGUAACUGUUAUCCAGCUGAAUCAGAGAACAGAUGGUGGAAAGGUGUGCAAUAAUGAACCACGUCCAAAAAGAGACAACAAAAUGACUUCUCUCCUGCAUCCAGAACCAAGCCUGGAGCCAGUUUCAAAAGUUUCACCAAAGUCAUAGAAAAAUCAUCUCUGAUGGAAAGUAAACGCCUUAACCAGAGUAUGCUUCACUAUCCUGCAACACUAACCCAACUAAUCUUAAAAUUACUAAAGAAAACUGUCAUUUGUGGGAUAAGAAAAACAUCAAGAACAAAAACUGGGACUCUGUUAUAAUUUCCAUAAUAACAAUGCAGAUGGCCAUAUCACUGCAGGAACAGUUCAAAAUAAUGACAAAAUUUUAAGCAAUUUGAUGUUCCUGUAAAUUAGUUAAUGAAGCACUUAGAAGUGGUAAAGUUUUAGUUCUCAGUGAUCUAUGUAUCAAUGUUCUCCUGAAACAAUCUAAAAAGACAUGCUGGCCUACCUAGGUUAGCUCUUUGCCUUUUCUGUGUCAUUCCAUGCAGUCCAUUCCAUGGGAUUUCAGAUUUGGUUACUCAGAUAACCAAAACUUCCAACAGUCCAUUCAAAAUUUUUGCUUAUACUGGAUAACGAUGUUUUGAGGGACAAAACAGUGACUCAAAGGGCUAGUUCCUGAGGGGUAACAGCUAAUUUACAGCACAUUUUUGUGUUUAAGGCUAGAGUCAACAAACUAGAAAAUUAGCUAAGACAAUGAGCAGAGGCUACCAUAUACAGAGGUGUCUCUGUGAUACAGAGGUUUAUCUGGUGGAAACGCAAGCAGUCCUGAGUGUUCCAGAGCUGGUGCACAAGUCAAAUGCAGAAAACCUACUCUGAGGAAGAACAGUGGUCACUGCCAGACUUUUUAACCUUUAGCACCUCUAACACCACAGCCAAAGAGAUCAAUGG